UGUUUUGGUAAAUUCUCAGCCAGGACACGACAGCGGCAACAGCUGAUCGAGGGACGGAUCUAUUACCUUUUUUUGUUGAGGUUUCUGUCACGUCUUUGGGACUUUGGAGGCGGUUCCUCUAACUUUUUUUUCCCUUUUAAUUAUUGAAGAGGACCGGGAACUACAACAACCAUGGAUGAUGCACCGGUGAUUUACGGUUUAGAAGAUUUCCAGGCCCGAGCUCUAGCAGCACACACAGCUGAGACAGAGAAGAUAAAUUUCCUUGUUGGAACUCAGUCUCUCAGAAGAACAAAUCAGGUUCAGCUGAUUGAGUUUGAUGAUGACACAAGUCUGGUCACAAAGCAGACUUUUGAACAUCCAGCUGGAGAAGUCUGGCGGAUUUGUGCAGCACCACAGAGUGUUAAUCUUAUUGCAACAGUGUAUAACAAUACCCAGGAUUACUGUGGAGAGUUCGGUGCUGCCAUUUGGAGACUCCCCCUUGAAGGCUCAACCUCUGGUGUCCUUGAUGAUACAAGGGGAAGUGGAGAGCAAGUUGAGAAAGUGUGCAGCUUGGAUGGAGCAUCGGCCAGUGACCCUCAGGCACCAGGGUCUCCUGUGCCAGGCCUGGGCUCACAGAUGUGGUCUGUGGUCUGGGCUCCAGAAGAUGAUGCACGUCUAGUCACCCUUGUUGAUAACCAUCUCUACUAUUGGGAUGUUCAGGCAGCGGGGAAGUCUGCUAAGGUAGUUGGGGAAGUGACCGUGGAAGGCAGAGGGAGUGUAAGUCUGGGGUCUGGCCGGUGGUAUCCUCACCAACAAGGUUCUCAGGUUGCUGCUACUCAUGGGUCCUCUGUGAGGGCAUGGGAUCUAAGGUCAAUGAAAUCCUCUUGGUGUGUUGAAGGAGCGCAUAUGCAGUUAGUUAGAGACCUUGAUUUUAAUCCUAACAUGCAGUAUUACUUGGCCACAUGUGGUGAUGACUGCAAAACAAAGUUCUGGGAUAUCAGGAACACAGAGCAACCUCUCAAGGAACUGAGUGAUCAUUCUCACUGGGUGUGGAGUGUGCGAUACAAUGCGUCGUAUGACCAGUUGGUGUUAACCUGUUCCAGCGACCAGCGGGUAAUUCUCUCAAACUUGCCGUCCAUUGCCUCACAGCCUUUUGGUACCAUGGUUGAUCAAGAGGAGAGUAAAGAGGAGAAAGAAAAGGCUGAAGGAGCUGAGGAAGGAGUCAUCCAAACUUAUGAUGAUCAUGAGGACUCUGUGUAUGCAGUGGAAUGGUCUGCUGCAGAUUUCUGGACAUUUGCCUCUCUUAGCUAUGAUGGCCGUCUUGUAAUUAACAAAGUACCGAGAAGCGUGAAGUAUAAACAGUUUAUGUAAUUAGCUGAAGGUUGAUACUAUAUUGAAAAAUCAUUCCAAUAAAAAGAAAAUCUAAUGGAUUGAAAUUGUGCAAGAUUAAGGUAAGUUUAUUGUUUAUAUGUGUGUAGUAAUAUAUUAUGCAGAAUAUUGCAUAUAAGAAUAUAUAUAUAUAGGAAAAAGGUCAUAUUUGUGUGUAAAAAGUUGCCGUUGAUGCAAUUUUUAAAAAUUAUAGCACAAUAAAAAAGUAUAAUUUUCUUUAAUGAUUUUAAGUAAGUGUCAGAAUGAUAAUAUUCUGCAACUACAGAUAUUUAAUAAAAUUUAUCAGUAAA